UCUGGCAACAAUAUUCUAACCUAAAUUGAUAUUUGAUUAAUCAAAUUGAAUCAAAUCUAGCAUUUCUGUUGUACACCGCUGUCGAUGUUUGUUAUUGUUUCUUUACCGCUGCUAUAAAUCGUCGUUAAUUUAUAAAUGUUAAUUUUUUCAAUAAGAUAGUUCUUCGACUAAGCAAUCAUGACCACAAAUCCGAGGAAGGGAACCGAUCCGGUUCCUAUGGAGGAAAGCGACCAACUUACGAUAAGACCGCUAGGUGCUGGACAAGAAGUAGGCAGAUCAUGUAUAAUGUUGGAGUUCAAAGGAAAAAAAAUCAUGCUGGACUGUGGUAUUCACCCAGGCUUGUCAGGGAUGGACGCACUCCCCUUUGUGGAUCUCAUAGAGGCAGAUGAAGUUGAUCUUCUGCUCAUUUCACAUUUCCAUUUAGACCACAGCGGUGCAUUACCAUGGUUCCUGACAAAGACUUCAUUCAAAGGUCGAGUGUUCAUGACCCACGCCACUAAAGCCAUUUACAGAUGGCUUGUCUCAGAUUACAUUAAAGUUAGUAAUAUAUCAACAGAGCAAAUGUUAUACACUGAGUCAGAUCUUGAGAACUCAAUGGAUAGGAUAGAGACGAUAAACUUUCAUGAGGAGAAGGAUGUAAGAGGUGUCCGCUUUUGGGCAUACAACGCGGGACAUGUGCUUGGAGCUGCUAUGUUUAUGAUCGAGAUUGCUGGCGUUAAGAUUCUGUACACUGGUGACUUUUCAAGACAAGAAGACAGGCAUUUGAUGGCAGCGGAGAUACCCACAGUGCAUCCUGAUGUAUUGAUCACUGAGUCAACAUACGGCACACACAUCCACGAGAAACGCGAAGAGCGCGAGAGCCGGUUCACGGGGCUCGUGAGCGACAUCGUGGCGCGCGGCGGCCGCUGCCUCAUACCCGUGUUCGCGCUCGGCAGGGCGCAGGAGCUGCUGCUCAUACUGGAUGAAUACUGGUCGCUCCACCCGGAGCUGCAAGACAUACCGAUAUACUACGCGUCGUCACUCGCCAAGAAGUGCAUGGCGGUGUACCAGACGUACGUGAACGCGAUGAACGACAGAAUACGCAGACAGAUUGCAAUCAACAACCCGUUCGUGUUCCGACACAUUUCCAACUUGAAGGGUAUAGACCACUUCGAGGACAUCGGGCCGUGCGUUAUCAUGGCCUCGCCCGGUAUGAUGCAGUCGGGUCUGUCGCGCGAACUCUUCGAGUCCUGGUGCACGGAUCCUAAGAACGGAGUGAUUAUUGCAGGUUACUGCGUAGAAGGAACGUUGGCGAAGACAAUCCUCUCCGAACCAGAGGAGAUCACAUCCAUGUCUGGUCAGAAGCUGCCUCUAAAGAUGUCAGUCGAUUACAUCUCCUUCUCGGCGCAUACGGAUUACCAGCAGACCUCGGAGUUCAUCAAUAUACUGAACCCGCCACAUGUGGUGCUAGUUCACGGUGAACAGAACGAGAUGUCUCGUUUAAAGGCGGCGUUGCAGAGAGAACACCGCGGCAAGAUCGCCAUACACACGCCGCGCAACACGCAGCAACUGUCGCUCACGUUCCGAGGCGACAAGACUGCUAAGGUGAUGGGGUCACUAGCGAUGGACCCUCUGAAGCCAGGACAGCUGUUGCAAGGAAUACUCGUCAAGAGGAACUUCAACUAUCACAUACUAGCGCCUUCGGACUUGAACAAAUACACAGAGCUGACGCAGUCCGAAGUGUCGCAGCGGCAGUCGCUCCAGUACAACGGGUCGCCGGCGCUGCUACGUCACGUCCUCAUGCAGUUGGCGGGGACCAUCGACUUCCUGUCGGAAACCAAGUGGAGACUCUACGGCUGCAUUGAUCUCACUUUAGAGAGUAAUAUUAUAACGCUAGAGUGGAGCGCGCAGCCGGUGUCGGACAUGUUCGCGGACGCGGUGGUGGCGGGCGCGCUGCGCGCGGCGGCGCUGGCGGCGCCCGCGCACCUGCCGCUCGCGCCCAAGCUCGACCGCAUGCACUUCAAGGAGUGCGUGAUUGAGAUGCUGCAAGAGAUGUUCGGCGAGGACUCUGUGCCGAAGAUAUUCAAAGGAGAGAAGCUUUACGUCACAGUUGACGGGAAGAAGGCAGAUAUCGAUCUCAUGAGUAUGGAGGUGUCGUGCCCCGAGGACGAGGGCCUGCGCCGCUCGGUGUCGGCGGCCGUGAGCAAGCUCUACAGCGCGCUCGCGCCCGCCAAGCCGCCGCCGCUGCCCACCGCCUGACGCGCCUCACUCGACCCACUCGCCUCUGUACACCACCAACUCUAUACUGUUCAAUAAAAACAUACACUGUACUUGUUUGUAAGUUAUUUGUAAUUAUACAAGUCGGCAUGACUGACUAUUCAAUAAAAAAAUAUUUACUGCA